AUGAGCUCAAAAAAAUUAUUGUAUUAAGAAAUAGAUGUAACAUAUUAACUAAUGACAUAGUAUACAAAACAAUAAUUGAGUCUACAGAUGUCCCAUUAAAAGACGACCUUAAAAGAAUUCAGUUCAUAUUUAAAAGAUUUCUAAGCCAUUCUGAAAUCCAUCUCAGAAUAAUUAAUAAAAUUGACAAGAAAAGAAUGUAGAAUCAAACCUAAAAUUAGUUACUUGUAGAGAAUUUGAAAAUAAAACCAUUAAAGAGUUUAUCGAUAAAAAUAUUAUCUCCACAUCCAAAAUUAGUGACAUCCUUGGAGUAUUAUCAGAAAAUGUUAAUCAACUAGAAUUAGAUAUUUUUUAAACCUACCUAGAAAUCAAGCAAAACAAAGAAAUUGUAAUGUAGAAAGUAAGCUUUAUACAUAUUUUAGUGUGAUCAAUAAAAAAAAGAAAGAGAUUAAUUAGUUAGCUCAAAAAAUGUUGAAAAAUAGUAAAUAGAUCAAUUCUCAUAAUCUGCAAUCGUGGUCAUGUAGAAUAAUAUUGAAGCUGCCAUCAUCACAGAAAAGAAAAAAAAUGCCAAAAUUAUUGAUUCCUUCAAAAAAUUUUACAUCCAACAAAAAGAGUACCAAUUCACAUCUAAAAAGGCAUGCGGAGAUUAUUGGCAAAUAAUUAAUGUUAUAAAUACAAUUUUUUGAUACAGUCCAACCAGAAUAACAGACCUUGGAAAGAAUGAAAAAUCAAUUAUAAGCCUAAUCUGUAACCCAAAGUGGUAAAGCACUCAAUACCUCUGGAACAGGACAAUCGAAAUAAAAUGAUAAUGCCUCCAUCAAUGAAACUGAUCUCUUAUAGUCUCACAAAGAUAAACUCCUUGAAAUCAGAAAGAAUUAUGCUACUUGUAGUAAUACCAAAUAAUUGCCAAUUAUAAUUAAAGAUUAAGUUGGUAUAUUUAACAAUGAAAUCCCAUAUAAUAUGUAUUUAAUUUCUAUUUAACAAUUAGGGAUCUCGCAAAAGAAUUUUAGCAGCAAGAAUUCUAUUAAUUCGCCUUAUUAAUGAUGCUCAGAUAUAAGUCUUAAAAUUAAGACUGGCCACUUCUUAUAACCCACACAAAAAAUAAAUUCAAAAUUACUUUGGCUUCUAUGAAACUUUUGGAAUUAUUUUCAACCGCCAUUACUUCAAACAUGGAAUCAUCUGUUACUAAUUCCAUAUAUAUUACGUUAAUCAAAGAUGCCUUGAUGGUCAUCAAAACACCCUAAUUAUACAACGAAAUUAAAAAUAAUGAAAAGCAAUAUGUGAUUCUAAAAAAGUUACUAUUGUUUUCCACUUUAAAUUAGUAUUGGGUCUAAUGCUUAUUAUUAUAGGCAUUUCACAUCUAAAAUUCCUAAUUAGAGCAAUAGAAAAAAUAUUUUACUAAUCUGCUAAAAUAGAUAAUAAUAGAUGAAAAAGAUAUGACUCAAGUAAGUUUUGAUUCUCAAGUAGAAGAAAUCUCGUAUCCAUUAAAUCAAUGCUUAUUAGAGCUUAUUCUAUCUGCAAUCAUAUAAGCAACAACUGUGGAUAUGGAUUUUGUUCCUUUAAUAUACUAAUUCGCAUAUGAUGCACUAAAACUGUCACCAGCACAUGUCAGCAUUACUUUACUCUCUUUAGUUUAUCAAAAAAUACUAUAACCUGCCUUAAGAAUAAAAAACCUAGACAUCAAAGACGCUGUUGUUAUUACCUAAUAGUUGACUCAGUAAUUGUGGGAUAUUAUAAAUAAAGAAAAGAUAAUCAAUUAAUCCCAAUUGCAAUUUGUUCUGAAAUAGAAGAAUUCGGAUAGAUUAUAUAAAGAUUUAUUAGGACUUACAACUAGUUUUUGGUCCUAAUUACCCAGCGAUUAGUCGUUCCUAAUUGCAUUCAUGAAUUUAUUUUAUAUAGUUGCAAGUAUUUCGCUUGAGUUCACAGAAUGCUAAAAUACAAAUGAUUUAAUACUAAAAAUCAUGGAGUAAACAGGUCAUCAUUAUUACAGUAUGAUCAUUAAAAGGGAACAGUUUUAAUAAAAUCAAUUAACUGAAAAAACCUUUAAUUAAGUUUCCAUUCUGUUAUCCUUAAUGUGUAAGGAAUGUCUUGAAUUAAAAGAACAGUAUAUUGAUUACUUUUAGAAAGGUAUUUAGCACUUAUUGUCUGAUAAUCAAAACAAUUAGAAUUUGUUUUUCCUUCAUUUUAUGACUGGUGCAUUGUCAGAAAUAUUCUUAAUCCUUCAAUAAGUUGAGCUCUGUAUCUAAAAAGGGUUAAUUCCUGAAGAUAAGAACGGAAAGUAUUAAAUGGUUAUAUAUAUUAAGUGCUUUUUCCAUAUGUUUCGCCUUAGCUUUAGUUGAUGAUCAAAUCUUACCUAAUAAUCUAAACUCCAAAGCAAUCUAAAUUAUUGGUCGAUCAAUAGAAUUGUGGUUUCAAUAAUCUCAAUAAAAUACCAUAAAAAUUUUACAAUCAUUACUUUCUAAAGAAAAAUUUCUUGAUGAAAGUUUGUCUUUUAAAGAGCUUAUGCAACAAACAUAAACAAAAAGUAUUGAAGACUUUUGCUCAAUUUUAUUUAAAUCCUUGGAAGCUUUAUAAUAAGUGGUUAAAUUUAAGAAUGAUAAUCUCUUUAAAAAAACAAUUAAUAGCAAAAUGGAACAUAUACUCUACACUGCUAUAUUAAUGUAUUUGGAAUAGAUGGAAUAAAAUCUUCAACAAAGAGCAAAUUUAAUAACACCCUGGUUUCCUGCAGUUGCAAAAAAUAAAUAAAGCAUCCCUCCUGAUUAAAAAUAAUUAGCCUAACAAUAAAUUCACCUUGUUAUUGAAAUGAUGAUGCGAAUUUGUAAUCUUAAUUUUUUGUAAUAAUAAUUCUAGCAUCUAAAAGAAUAAUUAAAACUUGAAGCUCUAGAUCAUCUUACCAGCGACUUCAAUACCAAGGGUAAAGCAAUUUGCAAAAGUAUUUCAAAAAUUUUAAUCAACGAAAUUGUUUCUCCUAAUUUAUUUAGUCCUCUCCAUUAAGAUUUAAAAUCAAUGACAGAUGCAAAGAGUUACUAGUAAAAAUCAGAAUGGUCUAUGCUUCAAUAAAUAGAUGAAAUAAAGGAUUUUUUUGUAAUAUUCAAUUAGAAGUUGCCGGCUAACUACUUCCCUAUAUUUUAUGAUUUUUUUAUUGGCUCAUUUUUUGAUGGUACUUAUAAUAAUAUUCCUAUAGUUUUAUUCUACAGCAUUUUUGAUCUUAACAAAUUGUAAAACAUAAGUUAGGAUGUCUAUUUUGAAUUGCUUAGCUUAGAAUUUCAAACUUUAUACAACUUUUUAGAAAAAUAAAUUUCCAGCAAUGUCUUACAAAUGAGAAUUAAACAAUAGCUGGCUGAAAUUAAAGACAUUUCUAUAUGGUUUAGUCUGUAAAAUAAAGAUUUAAUUUCAACAUUUGAAUAAUAUCAUUUGCGAUAAGACAAUAAAAGAAUUUGUUCUGCUCUUUAUAGAUUAAUAUUGCUUCGUAAGUAGGAUUCAAAAAUGAAGGAUUUAGCAAAAAAAUAUUAAAAAAUAUAUGAAUGA